AUUACGCGUUUCCCUCUCGUUUCAUUUCUUCUUCUUCUUGUUACCGUGUUGAUCCAUGAAUUUUUGCAACAAAAAAACAAAAAAAAAAAAAGAAACGAAUAAAAAAGAUUUUUACCAAAAUUAUUUUAUUUCUUUCUUUCAUAUCCUCGCGAAAUUAACGAUAAGAAAUUAUGUACAUUUCGAUCUCGAUAUAGGGAGAGGGAGAGGGAGAGGGAGGGAGAGAGGGGAGGGGAGACAGAGAGCGACGAACGUGAAGUUGGCGGGAUAAAUGAUCGGCGAGACAAAGGAUUCCAAGGCAACCGGGAAACAAACGACAACUCGUUGAUUUCGUCGCCGAUUUUUUUUCUUGAUCGUACGUACGCUCAGGACAAACUCUUUGUUUCAGGCUAAUUUCUCGAGUAUUUUAGGAAAAUAUAGUACCGAUAGAAUAGCAAAGAUAGAGGGGAUCGAGCGAAAAGUGUUCGCGAGUAACGAAAUCGUGUCGGGAACAGUGUGUAGAAAUCGAGGAACGGAAAAAUGCGCGAAAUUGCCCAUCUCCAAGCUGGUCAAUGCGGCAAUCAGAUAGGAGCAAAGGUAACAAUUUUUAUCUUUUCCUUCCUUCCUUCCUUCCUUUCCUUUUCCUAUUCUUCCUCUCUUAUUUUUCUCUCUCUGUCUCUGUAUGUCACGCACAGUUUUGGGAGGUGAUCUCCGACGAGCACGGUAUAGAUCCAACCGGCACCUACCACGGCGACUCCGACCUCCAGCUGGAACGCAUAAACGUUUAUUACAACGAGGCGUCGGGAGGGAAGUACGUUCCAAGAGCGAUCCUGGUCGACUUGGAGCCGGGGACAAUGGACGCGGUACGCUCAGGCCCGUUCGGCCAGAUAUUUCGGCCGGACAACUUUGUGUUCGGGCAGAGCGGGGCCGGGAACAAUUGGGCCAAAGGCCACUACACCGAGGGCGCCGAACUCGUCGACUCGGUUCUCGACGUGGUCCGGAAGGAGGCGGAAAGUUGCGACUGUUUGCAAGGAUUCCAGUUGACUCAUUCUCUCGGCGGUGGAACAGGGGCUGGGAUGGGAACGUUGCUUAUAUCGAAGAUUCGCGAGGAAUAUCCGGAUAGAAUUAUGAUGACGUUCAGCGUGGUCCCUUCUCCGAAGGUAUCCGACACGGUGGUCGAACCCUAUAACUGCACUCUGUCGGUGCAUCAAUUGGUUGAAAAUACAGACGAGUCUUAUUGUAUCGAUAACGAGGCCCUAUACGAUAUUUGCUUCCGUACGUUGAAGUUAACGACACCGACUUACGGUGAUUUGAAUCACUUGGUGAGCGCAACGCUUAGCGGAGUGACCACGUGUUUAAGAUUUCCUGGACAACUAAACGCCGACUUGCGUAAACUCGCUGUAAAUAUGGUACCCUUCCCCAGAUUGCAUUUCUUUAUCCCAGGUUUCGCACCCUUAACGUCCAGAGGUUCGCAGCAAUACAGAGCUCUAACGGUCCCGGAACUCACGCAACAAAUGUUUGACGCGAAAAACAUGAUGGCGGCGUGCGAUCCUCGCCACGGUCGUUACCUGACCGUGGCAGCCGUCUUUCGAGGGAGGAUGUCGAUGAAGGAGGUGGACGAACAAAUGCUCAAUAUUCAAAAUAAAAACAGUAGUUAUUUCGUGGAAUGGAUUCCCAGUAACGUUAAGACUGCCGUGUGCGACAUUCCCCCUCGCGGGUUAAAAAUGUCGGCAACUUUCAUUGGGAAUUCAACGGCUAUUCAGGAAUUGUUCAAGAGAGUAUCGGAACAAUUCACGGCGAUGUUCAGGCGGAAAGCUUUCCUGCAUUGGUACACGGGAGAGGGGAUGGAUGAAAUGGAAUUCACCGAGGCUGAGAGCAAUAUGAACGACUUGGUCUCCGAGUACCAGCAAUAUCAAGAGGCUACCGCCGAGGAAGAAGGCGAGUUCGACGAAGAAGAAGAGGGUGAGGGUGAACACCCGUAAAAAAGUUGAAUUGUCUUUUAAAAAAAAAGAAAAUAUAUAUAUAGUAUAAAUUUCGUUUUCCUUAUGAAAAAGUGCCUGUAUCACACGAAUUAGUAUUGCGUUUAAAAAUAGAUUUCUCUCCUUAACACGUUCGAAUCUUCCACCUCACCUUUUCAACGACUAUCUUAAUCUCAAUCUGUCCUCUUAAGUCAGCGUUUAUUGUAACUUUAAAAAAAACACAUCGAAAUACGUUUUUUCAAUAUAUUAUGUAAAAUCGACCACCAAUAAGAUUUUUUCUUGGCAAAUUGUUUUUAAUAAAAAUCCACCGAUUAAUCGGCCACGGCUAUAUAAUAAUCGAAACCUCGUUUCCAUUGAUCCGUUUCAUCGGGCAGUUUUCUUGUGUUGUGUUGCGUUGCGUUGUGUUGUUGUUAUUGUUUCUUAUGCGCGUGUUCAUCCGUCCGCGCAUGCGUCUUGCGCGCGUUUUUUGCGCGUCUGCCUCGUCCGCGAAAUAAACGGCCGCCGAUGGGUCGUCGAGCGGUGAAAGUAAUAAGUCGAAAUCUCCAACGAUCGGCCCAACGAAUCAUUCAGCGUCCUGCGAAACGAAAACGCGGAUAGUAUUGUCAACGGUAUCGUCAUACCCGAGGCACGAUUCCUUUUCAUCGUGCCACCACCACCACGUUCUACAUUCGAUCGGUCGAGGUCUCUCUCUCUCUCUCUCUCUCUCUCUCUCUCUCUCUCUCUCUCUCUCUCUCCUCGAGAUUACUACAUUCGCGGUUGGCGAGCCACGAACAGAGACGGUACACACAACGUUGCAGAAAUCUCUCCUGCUUUGCAACGCGCUGCGUUUAUCGUCUCUACGCAUCUUUUCGCCUCUUUCGUUCGUAAUUCCCCUCCUCCCCCACCUCCCUUCCAUCGUUACAUACAAUUCCAUCUUUAUCCUUUGUCCCUAUGUUCUCUUAUCGAACGUAACGCAAAUUAUAUUAUUACGUACGUAAAACCGUAUCGAAUCUAAUAUAUAACCGUAAGUAUUUGCAUCGAACAGGUGCUAAUAAGCAACGGUUACGUGAAUGUAAAUAUAACCAAAGCGGAUGAGAAUAGACUGCGAAUAUCGAUUACUGGAAAUCUGCUUGUCGAAGCGAGAAGAAUUUGGUUCGUUGUCGGUUCGGGCGGUCGCGAAGAGAAGAUUUUAUUAUAAUUCGAAUAAUUGUAAAGUAUUGUAUAUAUAAAGCGCGAAUACGUGAUGCAAUAUGGUGUGACGCGUUUGUCGCUCUAUUUUACCGACAAAUACCGGGAAAGCAUAUACGGGAUCAUCGCGUAUACACGAGUAGCGUAGAAAUUUUUUUUCUUUUUUUUUCUCGUUUGAAACAUAUCGUUCGCGCGAUCUCUAUAAAACCACGAGUGAUUCGAUUUCGAACGACGACGGCCACUUUUAUAGCGGAGCAUCCCCCUUCCCGGACGACCGACUGGUUAACUUUUGACUUGGAGAGCCUCGAAAAUCCUGUCUGCCUGGUGGUGGUGCCGUAAUCCGAAAGUCUUUGCACGAUAUCCGACGUGAGGCCAAGGCCUUCCGGAUUUGGGCGUUGCCUAGGCUCACGGUUAUCGGCGAUCUCUCGCGUCGGAGUCCUCCGCCGAUCUUUCCAUUCUGAAAAAAAUAAAAGCUGAGAAGAGAAACGAGCAAGGACGAAAAAAACGGGAGAAAAAUGAAAGAUGAAAAAAAAAGUAAAAGAAGAAAAAAGUGUAAGCUCGUGGAGGACGAACUUUGUCGUUGGACGGCGUUCACCAUGACGUGAAGAGGGGGGGGAGGGGGAGGCAUUUACGAAACGCGACCUUGCCGCGAAAUACGCGACCAGUCAGUCGCGUAUGACAAAAAAAAGAGUAACGAAACGAGGGAAAGGGAAAGGAGGAAAGAUACGAGGUGGACCGAUUCCGGAAAGAAUACGACCGUCUCGUAAAUUAUCAGGGCACACUAUGCGAAGUCAAGUUGGAUCGCUUCGUUUUCGUAAUUCGAUUUUUCUUCCUUUCCUUUUUUUUUUCUUUUCUUUUUUUUUUUUUCAUUCGGAAAACGAAUUAAUUCCUAAAUUUUAUUACGAAUUGUUAUUUCUAAACGACGUGUCGCGAUGCAUUUUUGGUACGGUAACGGAGUGGGCGUUAAAACACGGAUUACCAAUCGUUACUCAAUCGAAUCACCGUUCCAAGUAAACAAGCCUGUGUGUAACGUAAUCGGUAUAGGUAUUAACUUCGAUCGCAUCGGUGUCGAUGCGUUACGUUAACGUAGAAAUAGAGAGAGAUCUGAUUACGAGAUGGGGAUUCGCGCGUAUUAUUAAUUAACGAACGCUCGGUUAAUUAAUAGAAAUUAUCUCGAAAUACAAGUGGGCUUUACCCGUUUAUAGACGUUUGUUCCUACCUCUUGCGAUACCUUACGCCAACACCUUGCUCGCGAAUUCGUUUCUCCCCGAGCGAGGCGAGCGAUCAAACGUUAUCGGGUAUCGAAAAAGAGAGCGACCAGGAUCUUUCGAGCACGCGGAUCCAGAUCGAGGCGCGCGAAAGGCCUUGGCAAUGUUCUCUCGACGCGCGCGCGCGAGCGUACGAAGCGAAAAACGCAAGGACCCUGAAUACACGGCGGGCAGCCGGUAUUGAAGGUAACGCGUAAGUGGUAGGACAGCGUUGGUUCGAAGCCGGGUCGAAUCGGAUGGAAUGG